AUGCACUUUGAGUACAUUGCUGACGCAGUUUCUCAUGGCCUUAUGAGAUUACAAGACGAAAUUAACACUCCUGUCAUUUUUGGUCUUUUAACCUGUCUCACUGAGGAGCAAGCCCUUGCACGUGCUGGUCUGACGCCUACUGGCCACAACCACGGCUCUGAUUGGGGUGCUGCUGCCGUUGAAAUGGGGUUCAAACAUAAAUCUACUAAAUAA